AUGCCGUCCACAAUCCCACUGCCGCCGAUCCUGAUCGAUAUUCCCAGGUCACCAGUCUUUGCUGUCGGACUGCCCCUGGCUGCUAGCUUUGCCACGGGAUUGUUGACUCGUCAUUCCAAGUAUGGGCCUCGUAGCUUUGUGAGUGAGCGUCGCUAAGCUUGGCAUGGCUGCGCGUGUCGCGCGCCAUGUGCGUGCUUUGUGGAUGUUACUGACCGCUUGGUACGCUUGUGGGCCCAUACAGUGGUACCAAUCCCUCAAGAAGCCAACGCUCGACCCUCCUGCCUGGUCCUUUGGAGGUGAGUCGAUGACGCGAAAACUUGCUGAUCUUGCCGCCAUUCAGUCUCGCUCCCUCCUGUUGAUGCCGCCUUUGACGCGCUUCAAUAGUCGUCUGGCCUGCCCUGUAUGCGUCCAUGGGAUGGGCAUCCUUCCUCUCAGUCAAAGCUUUGGACCGCACUCCGCCUGGACUGGGUCGUGACAAGGCUCUGCUGAGCCUCAAGCUGUACUAUCUUCAAUUGGCUCUCGUGAGUAGUCUUGAAAACUCGCAACGGAGGGGUCAUGAUAGAGCAUGCCCCGCUGAUCCCUCGUUCUUUGGCUACUUUGCUGCUGCAGAACCAGUGAGUGCACUCAAACUCGAGCAGGCUCUCGCUCCUCUCAGAAUCCUCAACCGCUGACCGUGUGAUACGCGCUGCAGGGCAUGGACUCCUCUUUGCUUCGGUGGAGGUGAGCAGUGAUGAUGCAGCCUGCGACCUCUUCUACAGGCUCGACCAUCACUUGCAAACGUGACCUCGCUGACGUGCUGUUCGGCUUGUCCCGUUAGGAUACCUCGGAGCCGCAUUCACCGAUCUCGUGGCGCUGACGGGAACGGUAGGCUACUGGUUCUACCUCUUGCAGACCGAGGUGUCCAAGGAAGCAUCUUGGUUCAUCGCUCCUUAUCUUGCUUGGACCACCUACGCCUCCUAUCUCAACGGCUCUCUAUGGUGGUGAGCUUCCCGACUCGCUCCGUGACAUGUGGACGCUCAACCACUGUUCAUCAUGCUUACUGAUGCCUUGAUUUGGCAGGAACAACUCUGGCAAGCACCUCUGGGCCAAUCUCAAGAAGAAGGCUGACUAA